AAGAGAUCCUUUUCUUCUCCAGAUCUCUUGGUGUUUCUUUGGAGAUACUGUCACCACGUAAGUCUGGGUCGGCAGUGAAAGAAGUCCUAGUCUUGUGUGGUGCCACAUUCUGUUGCACCAGUGUUCGUGUGCCUUCAGGUUGAGUUGAAUGAGGAAACUGAGCUAGCCGAAAAGUGUGACUGAUUUAUGGUUGGUUACCAAAUGGCUCUCUUGAAGAGACGAUUGUGUUUAUCCUUAACCUAUCUAAGCAGCGCAGUGAUCCAGCGACAGUUCAGUGUCACUGGAGCAUGCCAAGCAAUACAGAAACUGACCCGUGUGCGAGUGGUGGACAACAGCACCUUGGGGAACACACCGUACCACCGGCCACCAAAAUGUAUCCAUGUGUAUAACAAGACUGGAGUUGGCAAAGUAGGGGAUAAGAUCCUUCUGGCAAUCAAAGGAGAAAAGAAGAAGGCUUUAAUUGUAGGGCACAAGAUGCCUGGCUCUACCAUGACACCUAGAUUUGAUUCCAACAAUGUGGUACUCAUAGAAGAUAAUGGAAAUCCAAUAGGGACUAGAAUAAAAACACCAAUACCCUCUACCCUGCGAAGAAGAGAAGGUGAAUUCUCCAAGGUAUUGGCCAUUGCCCGUAACUUUGUAUGAAUGCUACGAGAGGUCUUCAGCAAUCCUUUUAUGUCCUUUCAUGCAGUAGCUGUAUGAAAGGUCCUUUUCCAGAAACUGGUGAGAUAUGAAAAAGUGGAUGCUCAUCAAGAGCUCUCCUCCUUUGAGAAUUUUGAGCAACUAGUUUAAAUAUGGAAAGUUUAUUUUCCUCCAAAAGAAAGUUGAUUUAUUUCACAGAACACCUACUGUGUUUGGGAAAUGGUCCUUCACCCUUACUCCUCCUGUGGUGGUAAUCUGGUCUGUCAUCAUUAAAAUGAGAACAUGAAAAUUCUUGUCCUG